AUGGCGACCGUCCUACGGAGUGACCGCGCACACCUGAGGCUCCAUAACAUGAGGCUUUGGAUGUUUUUCUACUCCAUACUAUGGGACCUUGUCCAGUGUUACCUCACUAGGGCCUUACCUUCAGGAGAACACAGCUGUACGCUGAAUGCCCCGGAGCAGACGGGUAUAUUGUGGAGUGGAGACAUCAUAGUUGGAGCAGUAUUAACUCUACAUGUAGACAAAGUCAAUAAUAACAUCACAUACAGAGAGAAGCCACCACCGUUUGUCUGCAGGAAAUUCCCACUGGAGAAAUAUCUCCAGUUACAGACCAUAAGGUUUGCCAUGAAGGAGAUCAACAAUGAUCCUAACCUUCUUCCCAACAUGACUUUGGGUUUCCAAAUUUUGGAUUCUUGUCGAGUUCUCCAGAAGGAACUUGAAGGCACAUUAUGGAUGAUAACAGGGCAGAAUAAAGCUAUACCCAACUACCAGUGCCUAAAGAGGAACCAACUGGCUGCGUUCAUUGGCUUCACUACAUCAACGUACUCAAUACUCAUGGCUCACAUUCUGAAAGUUCUCAGGUAUCCACAAGUCAGCCAUGUAUCCAGCAGCUCCCUACUAAGUGACAAGACUCAGUUCCCGUUUUUUCUUCGUACGGCCCCAAGUGAUUCAUUCCAGUCCAAAGGGCUGGCUCAGCUGUUACUGUAUUUUAACUGGACUUGGGUUGGGAUGAUAGCCGAUUCCAAUGAUUAUGGAUACCAGGGCAUACAGGGAGUGAGACAAGAAUUAAUCAAGUAUGGAGCUUGUGUAGAGUUCAUAGAGUAUGUCCAGAGUAAUCGCCCAGAUCGCAACAUACCACGCAUCAUCCGGACUAUAAAAGAGUCCCAGGCCAAGACUAUAAUAAUCUUUGCAUCUGAUGUAGACAUUAUUUCACUGUUUGAUGAAAUUCUACUUCAUAAUAUAACUGAGAAGCUUUGGGUGGCCAGUGAGGGCUGGUCAACACCCACCUUGCUUUCUUUCAACAGAUAUAUCAAGAUCCUUAAAGGAACCAUAGGCUUUGCCUAUUCUAGUGAACACAUCCAAGGGUUCGAGGACUAUGUUGAGAAUUUUAAUUCCUCCAGGUUGUCAGAAGAGCCCUGGGAUGGAAUGUUUUGGGAAGAUCAUAUUGGUUGCGCCUUUUUGAAAUUCAAAAACAUGACCUUUAACCACGAAAGACCAAGCAGGAAUUGUACAAUAUAUGAAAGACUGGAGAACUUUCAGAUCAGCCUUAAUGUAACCAGCCGACGAGCUUUAUACAACCUCUACAAUGCUAUACAUUUAAUUGCAAAAGCCAUACAUGACCUGAGUUCAUGUAAAGUUGGAGAAGGUCCUUUUCUUAAUGGAAGCUGCUCAGAUAUUUUUUACUUUAAGCCAUGGCAGGUUCUCUAUUACAUGAAGAAGGCCAGAAUAAAGCUAAGCAGUGGGAGAGAAUUGUUUUUCGAUAAGAAUGGCGACUCCCCUCCCAUAUACGAUAUUGUCAAUUGGCAAACAGACCUGGGAGGUCCAAUGAAACAGGUGAAGGUGGGGAGUUAUGACAGUACGGCCAAUCAGAUGGGAGCCCUUAUUGUCAACACAAGUAUUGUCCAAUGGCCAUCUCAUAAUGAACAGGUUCCAAUCUCCAUAUGCAGUGAAAGUUGUCCACUAGGUUCCCAUAAAGUCUCCAUUCCAGGAGAACCAAGUUGCUGCUACAAAUGUGUCCCCUGCCCACAAGGAGAGAUCUCCAAUGUACCUGAUGCAGCAGAUUGUUCUAAAUGUCCUUGGAAUAUGUGGCCAAGUGAAGAAAAGGACAGAUGUCUACCAAAACCCGUUGAAUACCUCUCGUAUGAGGAGACUUUGGGCAUAACAUUGGCAUCCACCAGUAUUACCUCUUCCUUUGUUCCCAUAUCUAUCUUAGUGCUGCUCAUUUCCUAUAAGACCACCCCCAUUGUUCGUGCCAACAAUUACACCAUCAGCUGUCUUCUUCUGAUCUGCUUGUCCCUUUGUUUUUUAUGCUCUUUGGGAUUUAUAGGCUAUCCUGAAAAUCUGAAAUGCCUUCUACGUCAAGCAGCCUUUGGACUGGUUUUUGCCCUGUGUGUUUCCUGUAUUUUGGCCAAAACUAUCUUGGUUAUGAUAGCCUUUAGGGCUACUAAGCCCAACAGUGAUUUACGAAGAUGGGCCAGUCCUCAGGUAUCCUACCUGGUCAUUUCUAUGGGCACCAUCAUUCAAUUCCUUAUCUGUACAAUAUGGCUUCUUAUUUCUCCUCCAUUCUCCGAAUUUAAUCUCAAAGCUAAGACUGGAGUUCUAGUUAUUGAAUGCAACCAGGGAUCACCCACAGCUUUUUGGUUUACUUUAGGGUAUCUGAGCUUCUUGGCCCUUAUCAGUUGCCUUGUGGCUUUCAUGGUGAGACAACUACCUGACAGUUUCAAUGAGGCCAAAUUCAUCACUUUCAGCAUGCUGGCCUUCCUUUCUGUGUGGGUGUCCUUCAUCCCAGCUUCACUAAGUACGACUGGAAAAUACACUGUGGCCAUGGAGGUCUUCGCUAUCAUAUCUUCUAGUUGGGCCAUGCUCUGUUUUUUGUUUUUUCCUAAAUGUUACGUUAUUUUAAUUCAUCCAAAUGUAAACUCAAGAAAACACCUUCUUGGGAAACAUCGUGUGUUAAGAGUCAAUUAA